UAUGGCCUUUAACCCUUUGCUUUCUAUUUUUUCAAAUCAUUUUAUUUCCUUCUCUACGCGACGCCGCUUUGGAGCGCAUCAAGCGAAGAAGAAGAAGAAGAAGAAGAAGAAGACUGGUGGUGACGGUGGAAUGAAGCGGAGCGCGUCGGAGUUGGUCCUGGAGGCGUUAUUUCAUCACCACGGCGACGAUCGGAGCUCCCCUUCGCUUUCCCUGGAGGAGCUACUCCUCCCCGCCGCCAUGGGUUUCGGCUGGCCGGAUGGGAUGGCCGGACCAGACUUGGUCUCAGAAUCCGACGGCCAAACACAUACAGAUGGAAUCACAGUCGCUGAUUUUUGGUAUUCGUGCUUUGAUCCUUUGUUUAUCUCCAUCGCUCUCAUUGGUUCCUCUUGCCAUUCUUUUUUCUCCAUGAUGGAAAUCUCUGCGGAACACUCUUACUCUGUAGCUCAUCUUGAGUUUACAAAAUAUGAUGGUAGAAAAACUGCAUCAUUGAUUGGAAAAACAUUGUAGUCCUGCGAGUGACAUCUGAGAGAGUAAGAACAGUAAGAAGAAAAUGAAUGUUUUAAAUCGAAUUACAUUAUUCAAAUCUCAGCAAUUAAAUUUUUAAUUUUUAUAUUUUAUCUUUGGAAUAUUGUUCCAAAAUUUGGUUAACUAUAAUAGCAACUUGAAUUGAGAUUUAUGUAAUCUUCAUUUGUUUCAUCAGAUUCUCAAGUUUGCAAUCAAAGAAAGUCAUCAGAAUAGGAAAUAUUAUGUCUGGAACCAAUUAUGAAAUAGUAUUUUAAGUGCAUUUGUUAACAUUUCUACUUCAACAGUGUUCUGUCAAGAAGCUUCAAUUACCAUCUUCCUUUUUUUUCCUCGUCUUUUACUACUUAACUGUUUUCUAGUCAAAAUCCUGUAGGCAAUCUUCAGGUGAAAUUUGUCUACAUGCUUUAUGUUACGCAACAAUUCUUUUAGAUAAAUAGUCAAAGGCUCAAUGUCUAAGCAAUUGUUUGGAAUAAGUGUUAGCAAAUGAGUUUUAGUUUGUAGCAUUUUAAGAUACACAUAUCAAGUUUCUAUUCUUCUUCCUUUCCAUUUUACUCACCUCAAUUAUGCACAUGCUUAUCGAAAAAGAUUAUAAGAAAAUCCACCUGUUGAUAGCGUACUCCCUCAGCAUUAUAACAUCUGAAAUACUUUCUUCUGUGUUUUAUUCCUAUUUUAGCUGGGACACCAAUUUCAUGUCA